GAAGAAUAUGCUAUAUGCUUUCAAAACAAACGGAAAGCUUUGAUCACUUGGAGCUUCUUCGAAAAUUCUGUGAACGAUUUUGGUAUUUUUGGAAUUUUUUUGCUUUAUUAUCGCCAGUUUCAUAUCUUUUAAGAAGUUACUGAGGUGAUCACCAGCGUUUGCGGUUUCUGAAUUUUGAGCCUUUCAGGAAUUGUUGGGCGCAAUUUGCAGGCUGCAGUCACAACAUCUGGUUUGUUCGAUUUUUUCUCUUUGGCUCGAGAAAUUUAUACAAACCAUGGCAUUUGCGACGGGCGAACCGGAGCUGAGUGAAGGCUGUAUUCGGGCAAUUCUCAACAGUGUUGACAUCAAGGAACCUCGAGUGCAGCUACUGGAAGCCCGUAACAUCAACCAGAAUCGUUAUCGCCUUUUGAUCAACGACAAACGGAAUACGUACUCCUUCGCCAUGUUGGCCACCCAACUGAAUCACCUCGUGGACAACAACACCUUGACACCAUAUUCUGUCAUCAUUAUGAAGAAAUACGUCGUGAAUAACCAGCAAAAUAAGAACCUUAUUAUCCUGUUGGAAGUACAAGUUGCCGUUCCAGGCGAUCAAGUUGGCAGAAAACUCGGCUCUCCUGUUUCCUUGGGGGACAAUGGGAUGCCAACUGGAGCACCCAAUGCAAACCCUAGCGCUCAUGCAGGCAGUCCAGCUGUCGCGCCGGCUGCAUUACGUCCCCCUGUUCCACAACAGGGAUUCCCGAAUCGAGCAACUUUCAACAGCUCUUCAUUCCAAAGCCCUUCAAAACAGCCUGCUCAGUUUCCAGGGGGACCAGUUGCCAAACGUCCAAAUCUGGGCUCGCCAUCCAUGGGGAAUAACAGUUUUGGUGCGCGAAACGUCCCAGUGGCGGCAACGUAUAAUUCGGGAGGAUCUUUCCAAGCACAGCAACCGACAAUGCCACCAACGGGAUCCGCAUCGCUCUCGCAAAACGAUACCCAGAAUAUCCACCCGAUUUCGGCCCUUAAUCCCUACAACAGCGUCUGGGUUAUCAGAGCUAAAGUGAUGAGUAAAGAUUCCAUUCGGUUUUGGAACAAGCCCAAUUCUCAGGGCAAAGUGUUCAGUGUUCUGGUAACCGACGGGGAAAGCGAAAUAAAAAUAUCUGGAUUCAAUAAUGAAGUCGAUCGGUUUUACGACGUGUUUGAAGUGGGCAAGACUUAUUAUAUCAAAAAUGGAUUGGUUAAAAACGCCGAUCCGAAAUUCAGCCGGGGCCGUAUGUAUGACCUCAAUCUUAAACCGGAAAGUAUUGUUGAAGAGUGUCUGGAGGAUGCGGGACCUGUUAAAAUCCGCUAUAACUUCGUGCCAUUUUAUUCUUUGCUAACAAUCAGCGGAGAUUCCAACAUCGAUGUUAUCGGAGUUUGUUCAUCGGCUGGAGAACUCUUUCAAGGAAAGAGUCGCCAGAGUGGACGGGAUUUUACAAAACGCGAUUUGGAUAUCGUAGAUGACACCAGUACUAGCGUGCGUGUCACAUUAUGGGGGUCUCAGGCGGAAAAGUACGAUAAGGACGUAGUGCUAAAUAAGGUGUUGGCCAUACACGGCUGCCGGUUGGCGGAAUUCAACGGCACUCGGAGCUUGUCUACCUCGUUCGACGCUAUAGUGGAAGUGGAUCCCGACAUUCCAGAAGGCCACAAACUGCGUGGGUGGUACGAUAGCGGUGGCUGCAAUGUCGCUACGCAAGCACUCAUGGGCGCAGGAAUGUCCGGGAAUUUCGGAUCAGGAUCCACACCGUUCAAGUGCUUCUGGCAGAUAGAAGCCGAAGGGUUGGGUAACGGGGAUAAAGCGGAUUUUUUCAUGAUACGUGCUGUUAUUAUGAAGGCAUUUGCACGUGACAACACCUUGUACCGAGCCUGCAUCAACAGCGGCUGCAAUAAGAAGGUUACGGACCAGGGUAACGGGACGUUCCGUUGCGAAAAGUGCAACACCGAAAACGAUAGUUUUGUCUGGCGGUUGAUGUUAACAGUUGAAGUGUCGGAUUGUACUGGUGGUGCCUAUGCUACGCUGUUUCAAGAAAAUGCCGAGAAAGUUCUGCAGCAGGACGCUCAAGCACUCGGCGAAAUGAAAACCCAGGACGCCACGGUGUUCGAAAAGGCCAUUAAUAACUGCCAGUUUCUAGCUUUCAUGUUCAAGAUGAAGGUGAAAAUGGAAAACUACAACGACGAAUGGCGGCGAAAGUACACCGUUAUCACGGCUGAGCCAUUAAACUUUGUAGCCGAAACAAAACGGCUAAGCGAAGCGCUGGCCCAUAUGGGAAUCGCAUGAAUUUUGAUGGAUGUCUGGCGUGUUCCUUUCCAGUAUACUGUGCCCAUUUCAGUACAUAGCACAGUUAAACUGAGUUAAGUGUGCCUUUGUUAGAUUUUGAAUUUUCAGUGCGCUUUGUUUAUUACCGUCUGAUCUUCCAAAAACGUAAAUGGAGUACAUCUUUCUGCGUUUAUUCUUUUUCUUUUCCAUUAUAUAUCUUGUUAGAAACUUGCAACUGUUCUUGUAUAGCCGGAGAGAAGCGAAUUAUUCGUUGUGCCAAAAAAUUUCAGAAUGCGCAUUUAUUACCCAGUGCAUUGACUGCAUUCACAAUUUUGUUUUUGAUUUCCCAGACAGUUCCAGUAUGUUUAAUACAUGCCGCAUGCAAUGACUUAUCUAAAUUAAAGGACGCAAAAA